AUGGUGCAGGCUAUGGUACCAACCGUCAACAACCGGUUGGAGUUCACUCGUACGCUAGCCGAACGAAAUGCGUUGUACCGUGCCUUGUUUCACUCAUUUAACACCAACAACAGCACCAAGGGAAGAAGACCUUUGAGUGCAUCGUGGUCUAACUGUUCUGCUCUUCGUGCUGGUUUCAGACAUCGCAAUGAUAGGUUCAAUGCAACGGGUACGGCACCGAUUGAAAACUGGGUUUACCAUGAUGCGAUAGAGAACCCCACCAUUGAAAUGCCCACCGUAAUCCCACACACUGUCUAUACCUCUCUUGCUGGAGAGACGAUAGAUAAUCGUGGUGAAGUUGCCGGUGCUAGAGGAGUAAGAGCUGUUAAAAACGAUGGUGCUGGGGAGGGUAGAGCGGUAAACCGAACGAUCGAGCAUCUGGUCACCUCUAUGAACGAGGUCGAGGCACGUCGUUUUGAGCAUGGAGAGCCGGAGCGUAGAAUGUUCACUGAAUAUCUUGCUCUUUCGACAACGUUUUUUGGUCAGAUGUUGAAGUCCAUGGAGAAACGGGACAAGGUGCAGUCUCGCAUUGCAAAGUAG